AUGAACGCCCCAAUCAUCGAUCCAUUGCAGGGGGACUUUCCAGAGGUUAUAGAGGAGUAUUUGGAAUAUGGGCUUAUGAAAUGCAUUGCCUUUAAUCGACGGGGAACGCUUCUUGCCGCUGGGUGCUCUGAUGGAAGCUGUGUCAUUUGGGAUUUUGAAACCAGAGGUACUGCAAAGGAACUUCGGGAUAAAGACUGUGUUUCUGCCAUAACAAGUGUUUGUUGGUCAAAGUAUGGUCGCCACGUACUUGUUUCUGCUGCUGAUAAAUCACUAACGCUUUGGGAUGUUGUCAAAGGAGAAAAGAUAACACGAACAACCCUUCAACAAACCCCGCUACAAGCUCGUCUUCAUCCUGGAUCUUCCAUUCCAUCUAUUUGCCUGGCAUGCCCUCUCUCAUCUGCUCCUAUGAUCGUCGACUUGAACACUGGAAGCACAGCUGUUCUUCCAGUCUCUUUUUCUGACACAGGCUCUGGACUUGCCCCUCCGGCACGUAACAAAUUUUCCGAUGGAUCUGCCCCUUUUACUCCAACUGCUGCUUGCUUUAACAAGUACGGGGACCUGGUAUAUGUGGGUAACUCCAAAGGGGAAAUUCUUAUAAUAGAUCACAGCAGCAUACAGGUUCGUGGCAUUGUUCCCAUUCCUGGGGGUGCUGUGAUAAAGAAUAUUGUUUUCAGUAGGAAUGGGCAGUAUCUUCUUACAAACUCAAACGACCGUACAAUUAGGAUCUAUGAGAACCUUCUGCCUUUGAAACAUGGACUCAAAGCUCUUAACGAAUCAAACGAUACAUCAGAUGAGCUAGAUGGGGUAGAGAAAUUAAAAGCUGUUGGAUCUAAGUGCUUAGCACUCUUCCGGGAGUUUCAAGACUCCAUCACCAAGAUGCAUUGGAAAGCGCCGUGUUUUAGUGGUGACUGUGAGUGGGUAAUUGGUGGUUCUGCUAGCAAAGGAGAGCAUAAGAUCUACAUAUGGGAUAGGGCUGGACAUCUUGUGAAAAUUCUUGAAGGUCCAAAGGAAGCCUUGAUAGAUUUAGCAUGGCAUCCUGUACACCCUAUUGUCGUAUCUGUUUCACUAGCUGGAUUGGUUUAUAUUUGGGCCAAAGAUUAUACUGAGAAUUGGAGUGCAUUUGCUCCGGAUUUUAAGGAACUUGAGGAAAACGAAGAGUAUGUAGAACGAGAAGACGAAUUUGAUCUGAUAACUGAAACUGAAAAGGUAAAAGAAUCAGAUGUCCAUGAAGACGAUGAAAUUGAUAUUGUGACGGUGGAGAAGGAUUCCGCUUUCAGUGAUUCGGAUAUGUCCCAGGAAGAAACAUGCUUCUUGCCUGCUGAUCCUUCUCCUGAUAUUCCUGAGCAGCAGGACAAGGUGGUUGGAAGCACUUCAAAGCUGGGGGACAGCAACCACUCUGGAUCCCCUCUUUCAGAAGAGGCAGGACAAAACGGGCAAGCAAUGAACCAUGUAUCCAGUCCAGUUGAAGGUAACAUUAUAUCCUUGCAUUAUACUAUAUAUUAA